UGAGCCCAGAUGAAAACAGCUGUAUUUGGAGACCCAGAAUGCAUUUCGAGCACAGCCCUGUUCAGAUUUUCUGGUCUCGCGGAGCAUCAACGAUGGCUGCGCGAAAUCAUUUCGGGAUCCCAUAAUAUGCACCCGACUGACAAGACGAGGAAAAGGGUACAGACGGACCAGUCUCAAAAUGACCACCGGCUUCAGCUCGAAUUCCUGUCGAUUCGCAGAUUAUUUUGUAAUCUGCGGACUCGACACUGAAAGCGGGCUUGAACCUGACGAACUGUCCGCUUUAUGCCAGUAUAUAGAGGCUACUAAAUUCAGAGAUGGGGCCAGAGGGAACUUGGCGAGUGCGGAAGAAGGUGAGAAUUUUGAGCAGAGUCCCCUGCGGAGAACCUUCAAAUCCAAAGUUCUAGCGCACUACCCCGAGAAUGUGGAGUGGAGUCCCUUCGACCAGGAUGCCGUCGGCAUGCUGUGUAUGCCAAAGGGCCUGUCGUUCAGGACGCAGGUGGACCUGCGCGAGCCCCAGUUCCACUCCUUCAUCAUCACCCGGGAGGACGGCUCGCGCACCUACGGCUUCGCCCUCACCUUCUACGAGGAGGUGACCAGCAAGCAGAUCUGCAGCGCCAUGCAGACCCUCUACCACAUGCACAACGCCGAGCAGUACGACAUCCUGCACACGCCCGCCUCCCCCCCGCCCGCCGCCGCCCCGCGCGGCCUCCUCCUCCCCCCCCGGCCCCUCCCCGCGCUCCACGCCGCGCCCGCCAUCUCGCGCCUGCAGCGCUUCAACUCCUACGACAUCAGCCGCGACACCCUCUACGUCUCCAAGUGCAUCUGCCUGAUCGCGCCCAUGGCCUUCCCGCAGGCCUGCCGGAAGGUCCUGCAGCAGCUGCACCGCGCCGUCUCCUCCCCGCAGCCCCCGCCCCUCCCGCUGGAGAGCUACGUCUACAACGUCCUGUACGAGGUGCCCCUGCCGCCCGCCGGGCGCUCCCUCAAGUUCUCGGGCGUGUACGGCCCCGUGGUGUGCCAGCGGCCCGGCCCCACCGAGCUGCCCCUCUUUGACUUCCCCGUCCGGGAGGUGUUUGAGCUGCUGGGCGUGGAGAACGUGCUGCAGCUGUUUACCUGCGCCCUGCUGGAGAUCCAGAUCCUGCUCUACUCCCAGCACUACCAGAGGCUGAUGACGGUGGCGGAGAGCAUCACCGCCCUGAUGUUCCCCUUCCAGUGGCAGCACGUGUACGUGCCCAUCCUGCCCGCCUCGCUGCUGCACUUCCUGGACGCCCCCGUGCCCUACAUGAUGGGCCUGCACUCCAACGGCCAGGACGACCGCACCAAGCUGGAGCUGCCGCAGGAGGCCAACCUGUGCUUCGUAGACAUCGACAACCACUUCAUCGAACUGCCCGAGGACCUGCCUCAGUUCCCCAACAAGCUGGAGUUCAUCCAGGAGAUCUCCGAGGUCCUCAUGAACUUUGGGGUCUCUCCCGAAGGCAGCCUGCGCCGCAGCGAGGCCCCCGCCAAGACCAGAGGCUUCCGCUCCGUCGACGUGGUGAGCGACAAGCGCAAUGGGAACCUGGCGGGUUCGCCCCUCAACUCCUACCUGCUGCGGGAGAACGAGACCAUCGCCAGGCUGCAGGCCCUGGUGAAGAGGACCGGCGUCAGCCUGGAGAAGCUGGAUGUGAAGGACGACGCCAGUGGGAACAAGGACCCGAGGGCCCAGUGUGACGAGGAGGAACUGAGGAUGCACCAGCUCAACAUCCAGGUACGGGAGGUCUUCUCCAACCGCUUCACCCAGAUGUUCGCCGACUACGAGGUGUUUGUCAUCCAGCCCAGCCAGGACAAGGAGUCCUGGUUCACCAACCGGGAGCAGAUGCAGAACUUCGACAAGGCCUCCUUCCUGUCGGACCAGCCCGAGCCCUACCUGCCCUUCCUGUCCCGUUUCCUGGAGACCCAGAUGUUCGCCUCCUUCAUCGACAUUAAGAUCCUGUGCCACGACGACGAGGACAAGGAGCACACACUGAGGGUGUUUGACGCGCGCGUCGACAAGAUCCGCAUGCUGAACGUGCGCACGCCCACCCUGCGCACCUCCAUGUACCAGAAGUGCACCGGCGUCGACGAGGCUGAGAAGGCCAUUGAGAUGCGCAUGAUGAAGAUCGACCACACGGCCCUCCACCCCCACCUGCUGGACAUGAAGAUUGGCCAGGGCCGCUACGAGCAGGGCUUCUUCCCCCGGCUGCAGUCUGACGUCCUCUCCACCGGCCCCACCAGCAACAAGUGGGCUAAGCGGAGCGCCCCGGCUCAGUGGAGGAGGAAGGACAGACAGAAGCAGCACGCUGAACACCUGUACCUGGACAACGACCAGCGAGAGCAUGUGGAGUGCCUCCAGCUCCUGCUGUUUCUAGACUACUACUGGCUGUCCCAGUCCUUCAGGCCCUGUCUAAAGUCUGUCACUGUCGACGUGAAGUACAUCCAGGAGGCCAGGAACCUGGGCACCACCAUCAGGCAGCCCAAGCUGUCCAACCUCUCCCCCUCGGUCAUCGCCCAGACCAACUGGAAGUUUGUGGAAGGCCUGCUGAAGGAGUGCCGCAACAAGACCAAGCGGAUGCUGGUGGAGAAGAUGGGCCGGGAGGCGGUGGAGCUGGGCCACGGCGAGGUGAGCAUCACAGGCGUGGAGGAGAACACCCUCAUCGCCAGCCUCUGUGACCUGCUGGAGAGGAUCUGGAGCCACGGGCUGCAGGUCAAACAGGGUAAAUCAGCCCUGUGGUCCCACCUGCUCCACUACCAGGAGAGCAAGGAGAAGAAGGAAGUCACGCCUGGGUGUCUGGGUCCCCCAGGUCUCAUCCACAACACAGAGAGACGUAAAUCGGACGCCGGCUCGGCCAUGCCGCCCCUCAAAGUCUCCCUGAUCCAGGAUAUGAGGCACAUCCAGAACAUCGGGGAGAUCAAGACGGACGUGGGCAAGGCCAGGGCGUGGGUGCGUCUCUCCAUGGAGAAGAAGCUGCUCUCCAGGCACCUCAAGCAGCUGCUGUCCGACCACGAGCUGACCAAGAAACUCUACAAGCGUUAUGCUUUUCUGCGCUGCGAUGAUGAGAAGGAGCAGUUCCUCUACCACCUCCUGUCCUUCAAUGCUGUGGACUACUUCUGCUUCACGAAUGUCUUCACCACCAUCAUGAUCCCCUAUCACGUGCUGGUGAUCCCCAGCAAGAAGCUAGGGGGGUCCAUGUUCACAGCAAACCCCUGGGUGUGUGUGUCGGGGGAGCUGGCUGAGACUGGGGUGCUCCAGGUCCCAAAGAACACACUGGAGAUCACCUUCGAGUGCCAAAAUCUGGGCAAGCUGACUACAGUUCAGAUGGGCCAUGAUAACUCAGGGCUGUACGCCAAGUGGCUGGUGGAGUGUGUCAUGGUCCGAAAUGAGAUCACCGGCCAUGCUUACAAAUUCCCCUGUGGCCGGUGGCUGGGUAAGGGGGUGGACGAUGGCAGUUUGGAGAGGAUCCUAGUAGGAGAGCUGAUCACCCCCAGCACGGAGAACGACGAGCGCAUGUGUCGCACCCCCCCCAUGCAGCAGUCCCCCGGCAUGAUCAGGAGGUUUGUCACCAUCUCACCAAACAGCAAACCAAAGUUGAACACAGGUCAAAUACAGGAGGGGGUAGGCGAGGCCAUCAAUGGGAUUGUGAAGCACUUCCACAAGCCAGAGAAGGAGAGGGGAAGUCUGACUCUCCUGCUAUGUGGGGAGUACGGCCUGGUCUGGGCUUUGGAGCAGGUGUUUCAGCAUGGCUUCAAGUCACCACGCCUCUUCAAGAACGUCUUCAUUUGGGACUUCUUAGAGAAAUCCCAAGGGUACUUUGAGAGUGCAGAGCAGCGGGAGGUGACUCCAGAUGAGAACUGGCAGACCCGAGUUCGUCAUUUCUGUCGCUUUAUGCGUGCCAUCAACAGUACGUCCAGAAACAUAGGCAAAGAUGGAAAGUUCCAGAUGCUUGUCUGCCUGGGUGCCAGGGACCAUUUACUGCACCACUGGAUCGCGCUGCUCGCCGACUGUCCAAUCACAGCCCAGAUGUAUGAAGACACUGCUCUGAUUAAAGACCACUCAUUGGUGAAUUCUCUGAUCAGAGUGCUGCAGACUUUACAGGAUUUCAACAUCACCUUGGAGGCUUCGCUUGUCAAAGGCGUCGGUGUCUAGGCCUCUCGCCAUCUGGACCUGACCCAGGACACUGUUGGGGACCACUAAGAGUUUAUUUAACCUUUUUUUAUGUGUAAAGAGACUUGAACAAAGGAGAUUUCUGGCUUAUAUUAAAGCUACUGUUACAUUUAUCAUAUAUGAAGUGCAAUGAGCCUUUCAAAAUGUGUUAUUUUUUAUCCUCAACAAUGUUGCUGUUAGAUGUUAAAAGUAUGUUUUCUAUUAUGAUCCAUGAUUUCCACAUUGUUGAAGAUAAUAACCGCCUGUGCUAAGCUGUUAUAUUGAAAGCUAAAUAUUUUCAUUGUUUUUGUGAACUGCAGACAAUGGCUAUAUUUAAGAUGGAAAAAAAGGAACAAAAACUGUUAAUAUAUUUUCGACGAAGAACAGUAUUAUUUUGAUAUGUCUGUCAAGUUGCUUGCUCUGUUGUCAAUAUAAUUCCAAUGUCAUAAUGCAGAGCUUGAAGCAAAUGAGUAGAAGUAUGCUUUAUAAGUAUAUAUAAAAUGACGAGAGAUUUGUUCUGCUGUGUGAACAACUGAUUCACCUACAUCGACACAACAGUGUUCAAUGUUAGGUCGAUCCUUGGAUGUACAGUAGUAUGCAAAUCUUUUCUAUGGGUUAACAAGGCCUGGGGUGGUCCUCCCAAGACGACGAUGUAACUGAUAUGCUUGUGAUGCACAAUUGUUUUGAAUUUGAGGAGCAAAAGGCCUUUGUUAUUGUUUCACAUGUGACUCUCAAGCAGUUAUCCUUGCCAUUGUUUGGUGAAAAGUGACUCAUAGCCUUGAUGUAAAUAACUCUAAACUAGUGGAACUUUGUCGACUCCAAAUAACUCAUUCCCCACUUCUUGUUCAGCUUGGUCUUGCGCUGUGUAUUUCCAGCAGGUUAACAUCUUCACUUUACAGUACAGUAGGUUGCAUUUCAUCAGUCCAUCAGAAGUUGAAAUUAUGACACCCCCGUUAAAGACUUUUUCUUAGAACAGAUAUUGGAUUCGAUUCUUUGGCAACACAGAAUGUGGACUGGGAAUGUUUUGAUCAUUGCAGCUGAGGUCAGCGGGGCCAAAGGGCGGUACGUUUGGCUGCUAAAUGAAGCCACAUUCAUUAUUGAGAAGCAAACCCCCCUACCCUCUGAACUGUUGGUAUUUCUGCUAUGCAAUAUCAAUCCACUUCACACACAAAAAAGGAGAAGCUGGAAAAAUAGAUUCUAAUUAUACAACCUUCUCCAUAUAUAUGACUGUGCAGCAUAUGAUCAAUGCAAACAGUGCAGUGUGUCCUUAGAUGUGAAGGAUGUCUUUCCUGUGUGCCAACAAUGUCUGGAUUGAUUGUGUUGUACUGGUUCAUGUAAGAUCCACAUGAGCAUUUUCGGGAGAUAUAUAUUUUUGUUUUUCAAUACUGUAAUUGUACAUUUAUUGACAUAGCCAUGUAAUGUAGUGUUUACUAAGUGAGCAACUGUGUACAGUGUAAAAAAAUUUAAAGAAUAAAAUUACAGAAAUGAAUUUAAUCUGUGUAUUA